AUGAAAAUCCAACUUAUUUCCUUACUGCUGAAAGCUUCAAUUGCAUCAGCAUCAAUAUUCGACACUAUCUUCCCUACAGAAAAGCCAACCGUCACCAGCGAUCCUCGCGAAUGCAUCCUUUCGGACUUCUAUCCGUACUGGUCCGGUCUCGAACCAACUGGAAAGCUCUCAACCGCGCUUCUAUCAUACGGCAAUGUGCUACAAAAGGACUGCAAAUGGGAUUCUGUCGAUGUAGUCGGUAUUCCCACGUGUACCUAUCCUGCACUCGCAGACUGGUGCGCCUUUAGCGACGCUGUACCAACUAGUCUUCUCCCUGCGUGGUCUUCACUGGGAAGUUCAGCUUCGUCGUGGUGGGCAGAGAACAAAGACGACAUCAUCAGCGGUGCGCAACAGUGUCCAAAAAGAUGGUUUAACCAGAUGGUUGAUGUUGUAUAUGCCCAAGUCCGAUUGAAUAAUACAAUCACUUAUGGUGCUUGUUACGAUCUGGCAAAGAGACAUGUCGAAGCCAGUCUGACUGAUGGACCAGAGGCGUCAGAAGCAUCGGCGUCAACAGCGACUAGUGGUCAAGGGGCGACAAGUGAUUCACAACCUGCUGCAACAGAGACGAGCAUCUCAAGCAACACUGAGAAUGCCUCGUGUGUUGCACGCGUUGAGUCAUGGACUCUAGUUAUGGCAAUACUGGUAGCAACAUGGCUUCCAAUUUAG